CCCAAUGUAUAUAUUUUAAUCGUCUGCAUUUGAAGUUUUCUUAGUCGUUUCUUUAUCAUUCUCAAACAAAAAUACAUAUGUAUACAUAUAUAUGCGUAUAAUAUGUUCAUGUUGUAGUUACAUAACAUUGGCUUCCUUGAGUCCAGCUUUUUAUCACACGUAGAUGUGGGAAAAAAUGCCUACUUUUAUUUCAUACUGAUACAGACACUAUUACAUUAACGCCGAUAACACUGAAGUCUGUUUUCAGUAUGGCAUUAAUACUUUUGUCCUGCCUCGUUUUGAGGUUUAAAAUGACUUUUCAGUGCAUCCAUUUUUAUUCUGAUCACGUGAACAUCUACUCAGCACAAAGUAACGUGAACGACAUGGUUAUGUACACUUAUUAAGAGGUAAAUGGUAAAGGUGUUCAAUUAGUCAUGAGGAAAUGUUUUAGGAAACGGAAUUAGAAAUGAGGUGUUUGAUGGGACAGUGAUAAAGCUUUAGUAUUUUGGGUUUGAUGUUGACGUGUGCGUUGUGUCGUGUUUUCAGAUAACUACACGCUUUCAUCGUCGCCACCGUAUUUUCCCACAACACACCAUAAUACUAGUACACACUCGGACCUUUCAAGCUCAAACAAACCUCCUCCUGCUCCUAUUUCCCCCCCCAAACACAGAGUCGUAAACAAAGUAGACACACAAACACACAGCACAUUCACACAGAUCCUAUCAUUUUCACACAUAUUUGCCGAAAAACGCCCCUCAAAAGUCGCUCCAAACACACAAAAACAGUCAUGUUCAGCGUGCAUCCCCAACUCUUGGACAAUUAGACAGCAGCCGGAGUGAAGUGAGCAGAAAACAAAGUGAUAGUAAAAGUUAAUGUCCUCCAAUCGCUUUCAUUGGAACAGGAAUUCUCACCCUCCUUCCGCUCUUUUCAACAGUCAGACGGAUCUUUAAAAGCCUGAAUGGCUCGUCGGCGAGACAGCAACUUUCAACUUGACCUUGGCCCCCCCCAACUGUCUGUGCUGCAAACACUCCUGCUGCCUAAACCGUGCAACAUUCUCUCAUGUGUGCCGCUCUUUUAGUGACACUUUGCAUCCGUAAAUGUUUUAUCCGAUGUCCACACAAUCGUUCACAUGUAAUUCCUCGAUAUUUUAAUAGCUCAGCAGAGUUGUUUGGCUUCAUUUAAAACCCCAUUUAUCUUAUUAUCCGUGGAUUAAAACAACAAUGGCGUCAUUUGGCUGAAUUAAUGAAUCAUUCAUAUCGCCGCAAAUAAUCGCGCAUGCGUCAAGAGGAUUUAUAGCGUCUUUUCCCCUCUACUUCCUGGUUAAAUGCAUCACCGUCUUUACAAAAACGUCUAUUUAUUUGUGACCAAGGAACAGAUGUUGCGUCAUAUUCUAUGUAUUUUAUGCGGACUGUCCGUUGUCAUGGAGGAUGCAGACAACUGCGCAGGCGCAGGCCCCCUGGCGUUUAUCAAACAUCUGCAUUUUAUUCUUAAUCUGACAAAUAAUUACAAUUUUGCGCGUUUUGCUGUUUGUCACGUAAGAAUGUGACGUCACACUCGACAUCAAUUGGACCCGAUAGAAGCUUGCUUCUCAACGGCCCUGUCUGAAGACGUGCAUUGUUUUGUUAGAACCUGUCAGGAGAUUAUGUGUCAGCCAACAUCGUUUUGGAGAGCUCUUCAAUUCACUAGCUAUUUUCAUGAGUUACUGUUGCUAAAGUGAUGCAAUAUCAACUAAAUCAAAGUGUCUAACGUUCUCCGCAGUCACCUGAGAGAUUACGUGAAAUUGCAUUCCGCUGCAGAACGUCCACACGGAUACAUCAACAACAUGAAGACGUGAUUUCUUUAACGCUUCAAAGUCAAUUUGUGUAUCUAGACACCUUUUCCUCAUUGGUCAUAACUACGCCGAUCCAAGCUCUAUUAAACAGCUCCCGUUUUCCAUUUAUGUUUUGUUUUUUCCCUUAUUAUUCAAAUGUAUUCAAUCUAAUCGCUAAAGUACACAUGUAGCCUCAGUAUUCAAAAGCAUUUUAUUUUACUUAUUUACUUUUGCAUUUGAGAUUUUGCAAAUUUUUGCUGCGUUUCAGAAUUGAAUAUUAGAGGAGGCGUUUAAUGGCGAGAAUAUUUUUACAGACCCACGUGCACACCUAAAUCAAGGACCCUACAAAACGAACCAGUCUAAACUAGUUCUAUUAGAAAUUUAUGUUUUUGUCCCAUUAUCUAGGUUACAGUGGUGAGCUCUUAAUUUCCCAAAAAAAUAUGAGGCUUCAUUUUUCUUUGCUUCAACGUCUAUUAUUAUUAGGUGUAUUAGGUAUAAGGUGGCGUUAAACAUAUAUUUAAAAGUAGAGCAUUUAAAAAGAUUAUUUUAAUUAUUUCGUUUUUUUUAAAAGCAUGAAUAAGUGAUCUGCAUUUCGUUUUUUUUCUAGUACACGUCAUCAUAUUGACCUUCACUUUUAAUUUAGGAUAGCAACACAUUUUAAUACCCUUUUUACAAACAUAUAUAUGUCCCGUCAAAUGCAUUGAUUUUGCAGGGAAGACCAGCCUUGCCAGCAGUGUGCUCCACUCAUUGUGCCCUUAGUUUGAGUCCUGAGAUCAAACCCUGACUUCAGUUCCAGAUGAUUCUCGAUCUGAAUCGCUUCAUCCCUCAGAAGACCCAAAAUAUGCCUCAAAUAUUGGAAGUCAUUCACUUUCUCGUCUAACUACGUUUGUCACUGUACAUUAAUUCUCACCACUGUUGACUGAACCGGGAAAGGUUAUCCUGGGAUCUCGGCAAUUCAAGAUAUAAACAGCUCCUAACCGAUGCUUUGGGUUAAAUAUUUGACAUUUUGGAGUUAAUCAUGCGUUUUGUGUCCUUUGAGAUUGUAACUAAACCCUCCAGUUUUGUUUAGGACCAGACACCUGAAAUGUGUAUUAGGAGGCUUGAUCUUGACCUUAAACUGUCUCGAUCUUGACCAUUAAAGUCCGAUGAGCUAUAAAUUGUUUAUGCGGUUGUGGUUUAAACCUUCAACAUCUCAUCUCGAACAUUAUUUUUUGACUCCUGUUGCCUCCCUGAAGACUGCCGCCUUGGACUUGACACCAAUUGUCUUGGAUCAGGUGGUCUUGACCGCAGCACUACGGCUAGUACUCCAUUGGAUUCAUUAUCUUUAGUGUGAAUGUUCACCGUCCUCCCUGCAUGGCCCGUCACGUGUCCCAUGCUGGGCCAAUGACGUGGCGCGCCCUCCUGCGUCACAUCAGCCCCGACUCUCCGCUUCACUUCAGUGUUGGAGCUUUUUCCAAAAGAGCCAGACGCUUCAAUGUUGGACGUCGUGCUAUGACAACGUCACUGCUGCUCCGUCCACGCUGGGUCGACCCGUCUGUCAUGUUCCUGUACGACACCGGUUCCGAUGAAGUGAGCAAGAACAUGGAAGGAUUCGCGGCGAACCAGUGCAGGAAUCUGAUGGCCGCGUCUCUGGCACCGAGCGCGGCGUACUCGUCCUCUGAUUCCUCCGUCCUAAGCGAGCCGGUGAAGCAGUGUAGUCCGUGUUCCGCAUCCCAGAAUUCUUCCAGUGCGUCUUUACCCUAUGGAUAUUUCGGAAGCGGCUACUAUCCGUGCAGGAUGACGCACCACAGCAGCGUCAAACCGUGCGCUGCGCAAUAUGGAGAGAAAUACAUGGACACGUCCGCCGCCGCUGGCGACGAUUUCACAUCCCGCGCUAAAGAAUUCGCCUUUUACCCCACGUACCCUUCUGGUCCGUACCAACCUGUGCCCAGUUACCUGGACGUGCCGAUGGUUCCCACCAUUGGUGCGCCUUCAGACUCCAGGCACGACUCUCUCUUACCGAUGGAGAGUUAUCAGCCGUGGAGUCUGGCCGCCAACAGCUGGAACAGCCAAGUUUACUGCGCCAAGGAGCAGCCGCAGCCUGGACACAUGUGGAAGCCCUCCAUCGCAGAAUCCGUGUCCCACUCUGCAGGAGAGUCCGGCUCGUACCGACGAGGGAGGAAGAAGCGAGUACCCUACACCAAAGUCCAACUGAAGGAGUUGGAGCGGGAAUACGCCGCGAAUAAGUUCAUUACUAAGGACAAAAGAAGGAGGAUAUCCGCCCAGACCAACCUGUCGGAGAGACAAGUGACCAUCUGGUUUCAGAACAGACGCGUGAAGGAGAAGAAAGUGGUCAACAAGUUAAAAACUGUCAGUUAGUUCCUCAGAUCCCCUCAAAAGACACGCACACGCGAACACACACACACGCACCUGAUGACUGAAUUUCAUACAUUGACAUUUGACUUUGGACUCCAAAAGGCUGGACCCUGAUCUUUCCCGCCACUUGUUAAAUAUUCUCCAGGACUUAAGUGGGUCUUUUAUUUUGGGACGUGUGUGUGUGUGUGUGUGUGUGUGUGUGUGUGUGUGUGUGUGUGUGUGUGUGUGUGUGUGUGUGUGUGUGUGUGUGCGGAAGUGACCUGCAGUGUUCGCCACCGAGAUACACGUUUAUCAGCAACUUUUAACGAGAGACAUAAAAAGAAGAUUCACUAUUUGGACCUUGAAGAUGUUAAAUAUUAAUCUGUGGCUUCCUCUUUUGUAUCGGACACACGUGUUUCUCUGAUAUCCAGGUGCCAUUUUGUUGUGAUCCUGCUUCUUGAUAAUCGUCUGAAAAAAAAGUGUGUAUCGUUGUUCUGCAUCUUCGUGGUUGUACAUAAAUUAAAUAUGCGUGUGUGUGUGUGUGUGUGUGUGUGAGAGAGCGAGAGAGUUGAAUAUGUCGGUGAUAAUGAGCGUCGCAAUAAAACGUGGAUUUGAUUUCCAUCUCGUUUGUUUUCUAUAUUAUUUUACUCUUUGUGAGCUGGAUUCUCUAAAUAAAUUAUUUUCGCGUCAGCAAGCGCGGCAUUCGCACUCCAUAGGCGUCAGACAGAAUUAUGAU